AUGGGUGAUGUUGAGGUAGAAGCAGAAGUAAGACAACCUUUGAUUGACCCAGAAAUUGAGACGUUGUCAACUUCACUUAUCAGUUGUUUGUAUGUUGCUCACUUUUUAUCAAGAUGGAGUGUCAGACUUUUAAGCUCCACGCUUCCGAACAAUUUAUUGGUGAACUUUAUCUGCAGAAUGUGGGAAUUUUCUGUAGCUUUAUACAUGAUUCACAUAUGGCCAGACUCAUUGCUCCUUACUGCUCUAUAUGGAGUUGUAGAAUCAGCUUCCGUUGCGCUUUUUGGACCUAUUAUUGGGCAAUGGGUGAGCACGCUGACAUAUGUCAAGGUUCUUCAACUCUGGACAGUGUCACAGAAUCUAUCAUUUUUAGUUGCUGGAAUUACAGUAAUCAUUCUACUGCUCUACUGGGGUUUAACGAGUAUCAUGUUUGCAGCACUCGUUCUGGUAACUUAUCUCUCAGGAGCUGUUGCAGUGCUCUCAACACUUGGAGGAACCAUCUUAAUUGAAAGAGAAUGGGUGGUUGUAAUUUCAGAAGACCAGCCUUCCGGAGUGUUAACAAAGCUGAAUUCAGUUCUUAGAAGAAUUGACUUGGUGUGCAAAUUAGGUGCACCGGUGGUUUCUGGUUUUCUUAUAAGCUUUGUGUCAUUGACAGCCUCAACUAUAUUUUUGGCUGUUUGGAAUAUCAUCUCUGUUUGUCUUCAAUAUUGGCUACUUAGCUCCGUAUAUGGAGGUGUUUUAGCUUUACGUAUGAAAGAUAUCAAAAGAAAGGAGAUCUCUUCUCAUGAACAUGAACCGAGCACAUCUGUUACUGAGCAAAACGCCAGCUUGCCUUUUGAGGACAGAAGCAACAAUUCUUCAGCUGGAAGCCAAAAAUUAGGAUGUUUACCGAUAUUUCCUUGUUUCGGUGCUUGGAAAGUCUACGUGAACCAAGAAGUGGUGCUUCCAGGACUAGCCCUGGCAUUGCUGUAUUUUACUGUUCUCAGCUUUGGCUCUUUGAUGACUGCUUCCUUGGAAUGGCAAGGCAUACCUGCAUAUGUGAUAGGUAUAGCCCGAGGCAUAAGCGCUAUUGUUGGAAUAACAGCGACUUUCACCUAUCCAAUCUUAGAGUCUCGACUUUCAACUCUUAGAACUGGACUUUGGUCCAUUUGGUCUCAGUGGUCAUUCCUCCUUCUAUGUGUUGAAUCUAUAUGGGUCAAAGAUGGCAUGUCAUCCUCAUAUAUGUUAAUGGGAGGCGUUGCAGCCUCCCGGCUUGGAUUAUGGAUGUUCGAUUUGGCUGUAAUCCAACAAAUCCAGGAUCAAGUGUCGGACUCUGAUCGCUGUAUAGUAGGAGGAGUCCAGAAUUCCAUCCAAUCUACCAUGGAUUUGUUGGGUUAUGUCAUGGGAGUAAUUGUCCCUAAUCCAGAGCACUUUUGGGAGCUGAUAUUGAUAUCCUUUGCAAUAGUAACAUUGGGUGCAAUACUGUACACAAUGCAUAUAUGGCGAGUAAUACGGAAGCACCUGUUUCAUUUUGAGAAGUGGUAUGGAUUAACUAGGAGAUUUUUCGGAUCAUCCUCUUAACUAGAGCAACUCUAACAGGACAUUGACAUGACGAUACGAUAGAAACACAAAGUCAACCUGAAUACGAUCUAUAUAGAUUAAUUUGUCAUAUCAUAUAAUUAUCCUCUACAUUUAUAUAGAUUUGGAUUUAUUUUCAAGAUAUAUACCCAAAACCAAUACGAACACAACUCGCUUACCCGAAUUGUUAGCUCUACUUAUAGCAUAUAUAGAUUUCAUUUUCUAGUUUGACCUUGUAAAUGGUCCAAUAUCAGAUCAUUCAAUUGUUGGAAAAUAGCAAUUUGCAAAGCAUGUUAUGACUU